AUGGUUAAUAAACUUCUUAUCGUUGCAAUCGUGGCAUCUAUGGUCCCCACAGUGGAUGCCUUUGAUCCCGCAAAAGAUCGAUGGUUAUGCCAACAGGACAAUGCCAUUUGUGUCACUUCCUUUGUAUGGUGCUCAACCAUCAACGAGGAUACAUCAAAAGGAUGUACAUAUCCCGAAAACACCUGGCCGCCCUCUAUCAGUAACCAUGGCAAGAACCCAGCAAUGGUUCUGUGGGACAAGGAGUAUACGAUCAGUUGGAAGGGAACAGAUUACGAGUAUCCUACGCUACUUGAGUGGCACUUUGUGAGAGAUACAGAGAGACCGAGCACCUCGAGUAAUUUGACAUGGAGCAAAGAAUUCAAGAAUAAGGAGCAGUCCUACACUUUCAAGUUCAGCGAUCUGGCCAACGAUUUCCCCAAUAAAGAUCACGACGAUAUCGAUGCCGAUCAAGUGAAAGCCGCUGCAAGCAACCUGAUGAAUGUCUGGGCCGUCUCACAACCCGACAGGCCUUACGAAGGCAAGGCCCGAGUUCACGGUAACCCCUGGAUGGACAAGUCCCAGCAUUUCAUAGUCAUGGACGACGAUGUAGUGCCAUAUCUCGACACACAGCGUGAGAUGGCCAGAAGGGGGGAAGAGAGUAACUGGGAAAUGGGCGUUUUUAUCGGCGUUGGCAUUGGAGUACCGGUUCUUCUCGCACUUGCUUUUGUUAUUGGCAGAUCGACAGGUGGAAAGGGGGCGAAGAAGAUAUCGGGCUAUAAGUCUGUUGAAUCGUAUCAUUCGGGGUAUAACUCGGCGUAUCUGGGUGGUCAAUAA